AUGGGGUUAUGGGUACAGUACUGCAGUUUCUCUGUGCUGCUCAUUGCUGUAUUUCAAGUUGUGAAUGCACAAAACUGCGAUUUCUACAACGGGAAUUGGGUUGCUGAUGGAUCUUACCCUCUCUACGACCCCGCAGCCUGUCCGUUUAUCGAACGCGAGUUCAGCUGCCAGAAGAAUGGCCGUCCGGACAAGAUGUACCUCCAAUACCGGUGGCAGCCCCAGGGAUGCGAAUUGCCACGGUUCGAUGCUAAAGGGUUCUUGCAGAAGCUCAAAGGGAAAAGUGUAAUGUUUGUAGGAGAUUCCCUUAGCCGAAACCAGUUCGAUGCUAAAGGGUUCUUGCAGAAGCUCAAAGGGAAAAGUGUAAUGUUUGUAGGAGAUUCCCUUAGCCGAAACCAGUUUCAUUCCCUAGUGUGCCUGAUUUAUACAGCAAUGCCCAACAUCAAAUACAACCAAAUAACACAAGCCAAUGUCUCCACAUUCGAAAUCCCGAUUGACAUGCUCAUCUUCAACACAUGGCAUUGGUGGUAUCGACGAGCACCGGGACAACCAUGGGAUUACAUCGAAGUUGGAGGGAAAAUAUACAAAGACAUGGAUCGGAUGGUUGCUUUUGAGAAGGCACUCACUACGUGGGCUGGCUGGGUGGACUCCAACAUUGAUCCUGGCAGAAAUAUGGUUUUCUUUCAAGGAAUCUCCCCAACCCAUUACAAUGGCUCCGAUUGGAACGAACCAAGUUCAAAGGCUUGCUUGGGGCAGGAGGAACCAAUAUUGGGCUCAACAUAUGCAGGAGUUAUGCCACCUGCUGUAGCAGUGCUGGACAAAGUGUUGAGCACAAUUCAAAAACCUGUCAAGUUGCUUAAUAUAACACACCUUUCGCAGCUGCGAAAAGACGGACACCCUUCAAUCUACGGCUUCAACGGUCCCACCGGGAUGGACUGCAUCCACUGGUGCCUUGCCGGAGUGCCUGAUACUUGGAAUCAAAUACUUUACAAUGCUAUUCUUUAA